AAUCGAAGCUAGGCGCAACAAAGAACAAUUUACUAAGUAGUAGUUUCAUUUCGACGUGAAGUCAUAUCAUUGCACAAAAAAUUGUGCAUUUGUAUAUAAGUAUUCAGUGUUUUCGCAUUGGCAAUUGGAUUAAACGUACAAUACCGUUCGUGCGUUAAAUAAAUCAGCGUCAUUUCAUUUCGAGAGCGGGUUUAAAACAAAUCAAGGAUGAUCACAUCUCAGUCGCCAACGCCGGGGGUUCCAGAAAAAAAUAGGCAGCAGUUUGCAAACCAAUACGCUAGGAACUCUGAGGAAAAUAUUGACCUGAAGAGCCAAAUCCAGAUAAAGGAACAAUUGCGGCACCAGCAACAAUCAAAAAUGUAUGCCACCUCACAAUCGAACUGUUCAAAUGCAGGAGGAUCUGUUCGACCUGCGGAAAAACUGGACUAUUCGCUGAAAUCAAAUUCCGUUCAACGCCAAUUAAAUUUGACCCUUGCUCAGCCAAAACAAUCUGAAAUGCAACCACCGAAUAACAAGUCAUCCAUGAGCUUGGAUAAACCUUACUCCAACUAUCCCAAUAUAAAUGGCAGUAUGGUCUCCAUUAAAAGUGAGCAGCAGUUGUGUCAGAUAUAUAAUUCACAGCAACACUCCGAUUACAUCAUUUCCGAUUAUAUGGAUAAAAUUGCGACGCGGAUAAGUUUGCUCGAGACGGAACUCAAAUUUGCUUGGCGUGCACUGGACUUGCUUUCAACGGAGUACGGAAAAAUUUGGACUCGCUUGGAAAAGCUUGAAAACAUAUCAAUAGAACAGCAGUCUGUGGUUAAUAAUCUAAUGGACCUUAUAGGAGCAGCGAACCAAGAACGGCAGCAAGGAAAUAGCGAAGAAUUGCCAUUUGAUUUAUUUCCGAAUCAAGAUCAGUUGCUACCUUUAGUAAUGCAAAAUACUCUGGAUAUGGACGUUAUCCUAGGAGCCGAACCAACUGAUCCAGAUCCAUUUGAUAAAGAACUAAGGUUUCGAGAUCCCGAUGACUCGGUGGGAAAAGAGCUAAGACUCGCUGGCGGCACUCCUUAUCUUAAUUUUGAAAAUGUAACUAUGAACAACCAGAGCUUUGAUAAAAGUAACGAGCACAAUUUAACCAGCUUUCAAUCCGACAAUGAAGCUGCCCAUAAUGAUUUUCGACUACAACUUUUCUCAGAUUCUGAUCUUAUGUUGUACGAGCAGCAGAAAUUUCUCGCAAAUAAUGCACGUGUGGAGCUCAUGAAGGAGUUUAUAAACGGACGCCGAGUUCUGGAUGAGAUUUCGGCAUCUACAGGUGUAUCAUCAUCAUCAAAUAGUUCCAAGAAACCAACAAAUAUUUCUAGGUCAAAUGAGGAAACUAAAAAUAGUCAAUCCUAUGUUGAAUUAGAUGAAUUAGGGGAUCGCAUGGAACAAACAUGCAAUACUUGCAAUGAACUAGAUAACGGUAUCGAAAAUGUACAGUUUUUUCGCAAUGAACUAGAUAACGGUAUCGAAAAUGUACAGUUUUUUCGCUUAGCAGCCUCUAAAACCGGCGAAGGCGGAAACCAAGUACUACCCAUUGAAGACACAGGAGGAACAAAGACCCCAUCCAAUGUCACUGAAAUGAACGAAUCCUUUUACAAGCAACUCAAUGAGGCAUGCCGCGACAAUGAUUUGAGUGCUGAGAUAUUUAAGGUUGAUGCAAUAUUGCAUCAGACUGAGUUUGCCCACGGAAAAGAUUCAGCAGCAGUGUUGGCAAAUCAGAAGGAGAAGCCACCGACCUUUGAUACUGGUACUACAAAUACUGUUCAGUCGAGAAAGCAUCGAAAAAAGAAGCAUCAUACUAGCGAAAUGGAUAUGAUUAAUAAGUUAAAGUGUAUACUUGCACAAGCACAAUCAUCGGGAAUUGUUAAUAGCAAUGUUGAAGUUCAGGGCACUGAAUCGUUGGAUCUGAAUGCGGGUUAUAAUCGUAUUGAAAUUGAAGCCGGAAAAUCACACAAAGGUUUAGAAAAUCGACGUUCAACGACUUUUUACAGCUAUUUGAGUGAUGACAUCCGAAUCAUUUUGGAAAACAUAAUAGAAACUUUAAUAAAAGAAAUAAAUAAAAUUCCUGGUCUGCAGUCUUUAAGUGCUUCACAAAUCAGUCAGUUAAGCAACACAGUAUGGUUAGAGGAGAAGUUUUUUCAUAAGCUCAGUCAGGUGGAUAAGAAAUUGACUUUGCUCUUGCUCAACCCCAUAACAAUAAGCGAAGAACUGCAAAGACUUUGCAUUGCAAACACCAAUGAAAAAUUUGUUUUGGUAAUGAAAAAGUUUAUCAAGAAUAUUGACACACUAAAAAAAUUGGUGGCCAACUCACUAGACGAUUUUAAAAAAGACGCAAAGUCGCAAACAAAUUCGCUCAAUCCAAGUCCGUCUCUCAUAUCAAAAACUAACAUUUGCAGUUUUAGUGCUAAUUUGUUGAGAAAUAAUUCUGAUCUGGACGAACAACUUAAAAUUCUCGAGACACAAGAGAUUGAAAUAAACAGGAAAAAGAAAAUAGGGAAAAUAAAAAAUGACCUUGCUGGAGAAGUGGACAAGUCACCUACUAAUUUAGACACGCAAUUUAAAAAUAAUUACACUUAUGCCGCCAACACAAAGUAUGAUUUUGUAAAUUCGGCAAAAAACAUUUACAAUGAGGAUGAAUACAUACAGUCUUUGAAAAAGAGCCUGGAACGCCACAACAGCAUGAUAUUUUUGCUCCAUUUGCAAAAUCCUGAGAAGCACAAAGUAUCUGAUGAAAUCAAUGAGGCACUAAUGGAUUCAAAUCAAGCAAGUCACAGUCCCCCACCUCCUGCUCCCAACGAUAUUCUUCAAUUUACUGAAAAUGUAAAUCAAUUCAGUGAAACGAACCCGAAAUCUGAUUCAGGAGUAUCGUCAAUGAGCGCUUGGUCAAUCAAUUCCUCUUUAUCUGUCGGACUUAAAACCCGCAGUUUUUUGGCCGCAAGUUCCAACUUAAAUAGCUUACCUGCUUUUAAACAAAGUGAUUAUGUUAUAUCGGAAGAAAACCUUAACUAUAUUCACGAGCUUUCUAAAAAUCUACCGAUUUGCUCUGCGUAUGAGAAUAAGUCUAUUUUUAAUAUUAACUCCGUGUCAAAUAACGAAAGGCAUUUUUCAACUGUUGACGAAAUGCUAGAAUGGGAUCAGCUUAACCAAAAUAUUUCAAGGGAACCGCUGAACAGCAGCGGUAUGCCAGACCUUUUGACUGCUCAAAUAGAAAAAGGUCAAAAGGUCAAAAGCGACGAAAAAGCACAAGGCGAAACCAUAUCAAGGCGUUCUAUGGAUAAUGAAAAAACGCUCAACCAAUCCAUCAGACCACCUUAUCUGACAGAUAGACUUGUAUUCUAUCCGUCUUCCAACUUUAUAACCGAUUACAAAAGCAACGAUGAUUUCGAUUGCUUGGGCCAACAGAACCAAAUUCGAUUAAUCGAAAACAAAUCGGAGAAUAUGUCUGUUCUUCCAGCUCCUUUAGUUCAAUUCGAUUACACUGGUAAGAAUUAUUCUCAAGCUCAAGCUCAGGCGAAAAUUCUUGCUGGACCUACAAGUGUAAGUAAAUCAAUGGAGGGUUUUGAAACUGUACCUGCUGAUGUUUCCAUCAAUAUUAGGGGUCACCAUCAUCUUGUUUCAGGACUCACGCCUUCAAAGCCACCUCAAGUAUGGAAUAGACUCAAUAGUCUCCUAACAGAUAAUUUAAAGCUGAAGCGAAUAUCCAAGUUUAAUCGAUCCCAGUCAUUACCCGGUGACGUGCAAAGUCAAGGCAAUCAGAGACAGUCGCGUGGCCGGGGCUCGUGCCCGUUUAUUUCCCAUAAGCGGGCUAGUGGUAACGGAGCCCAGGUUCACUUAUCGAAAAAAAUUCAAAAGCUACCAAUGCGGCUUUUGCGAAGAGCGACAGAAACCCAUUUUGUGCGACGAAGUUCACCAGAUGAACCCAACGAAUCUUCAUUAGUAAGUGACACAAAUGUAAAAAAGAAAUCUCUUUCAUCGAAGAUGAACAACUUAAUGCAAAAGGCAAAAACAUACAAACGGCACAGCUUUGCCCUGCGCCGCGGCUGUAAUAUGUCAGAUACUGAAUUAAAUAUGCCGGACUUUACUUCAUCGGAUAAAGGUAAAACCUCUGUACUGGAAAGUGAAGUUGUUAAUCGAUACGAGGAUAGUGCAAGUGAUGAUUUGAAUGACGAAAAUUCAUGUGCCUAUCAGAACGAACAGGAACUAGAAGGCUCAAUGGAGGAGGAGGACUGUUUACCAAAUAACAUUUUUGCUCUAGUUGGAGACCUUAAAAAGUCUCAAAAACCCAUACCACUGGCCGUCUCAACUGCACAUAACAAUGAAAUUUGCCAUGACAAGAAUGUAGUAAUCAAAAUACCAGAGAUGCCCUUGGAAACAUCGCCCCAAGCAUGCCACAUUGACGAUGUCGGAGGAGAUGAGAACAUACUGGGAAUGCCGUCGGUUAAUACUGAUAUCAUCCCCCGUCUUAGUAUACCCAAUACUUUUGAAGAAGAAGUUGGGGGGGACACAAAAUUAAAUUCAGUUCUGGAAACAGCAACAGAAGCUCGUAGUGGUUCUAGCAGUGGCGCUUUAUGGGUCGCACAGCAGUGCCUAGACCUUCCAAGCAAUUCGGGCUACGGAUCGCGGGAAGAUGACGAUAAUCGAAGUCAGCACUCUGCUCGCACGCUCUCAUCUUCUCGUCGACAAAGCACUGAGGACAGCAUAGACACAGACGAUGAAUAUUUUUAUUAUGAACUUCGGCAGCUAGAGAAACAGGAACAGCAAAGCGCAGAGCUCACAGGAAUUGUGUCUGGUGAACAACGUGCUGAUAAUGAAAUAUUGUUUUCACAGAUAGGACAACUUUUAGAAAACGAUAUUACCAUAGGAGACCGUUUUUCCCACUCUGAUAUCCGUAAAGAUGAAACAGAGACCAUAAGUUACUCUCCCAAUGAAAGUGUAAAAUUACGGAUGUCUGAAGUAUUUGGAGAACUAAAACGAGUCGUCAAUUUACAGACAAGUGCUGACAAUGAUGUCUAUACAGCUUCUACCGAAGCUGUUGGAGAGUUUCCUCAUGUAAAGCAAACCGGCAAUGGAUUCGCUGCAGUAUAUGACUUGCAUAGCGCUUGGCAAGAUGUAAACGGUGAUUAUCAGAAUACAGCAUUAGAAAUGGAGUCCAAUGACGGAGCACAGAAUGUGAGAAAUGACGGCGAAACACUGCUGUAUUUCAAUAACAAGCAACGCAAAUUGCGUCGAUUGAAAAAGAAGCCCCGAGGUAAGAAUGCAAAUGUAUCUCGCAAGGCAGCCAGCUCAAGCUCAUCUUCCCAUUCGGAAAAUGAAAGCGAGCGGGAGCAACAUAACCAAUUCCUUGACCAAUGUACCCCACAAUCGGAGACCGAAAAAGGAAAAAUUGGUGCAUCAAUCAAUUCAUUGGCAUCUAGCGAGACAUCAGGACCUGAUACGCCUGCAGAUGUGAGCGAUGUUAAUUUAAGUGAAAAUGAAAACAGCACAAUUGUGGAUAGCACUACACUAGACAAUGUUGAUUCGCACGGCACAAUCAAUCCCGAGAUUUUUUCGAAAGCCAAUGAAAAGACAUUAUUAAAAUUAGAAGAAGAUCGGAAAAUGGAAAAUCUGCUUUUGGAAACGCCUCAGAGUAAUGUCUUGGAAUUGAACCCAAGCGAAAAAAGUGUACCUCAGUGUCAAGAAUCCCAGGUCGAAGAAUCUCAGGUGGUUGAAAAUGGAGGCGCAACUGGUCUUGGUAGCAGCAAGUGGAAACUUUUAAAAACAUUAAAAGAACGAAAAAUUGAAGACAAAAAUAAUCAGGAAAAAAUCAAAGAGGAUGAACUGAGCAAGGAUAGAGAAAAGAAUGGCGGCGGCAAUGGAGAAGUUGGAUUGCGGACCAAUGGACAUCCUGGCGACAAUCCCUUUUAUAGCAAUAUUGACAGUAUGCCGGAUAUACGACCUCGUCGAAAAUCUAUUCCCCUUGUGUCUGAGUUGGUUCUCAAGACAAUGGCGGCUACAAAACGCAAUGCUGGACUUACAUCGGCUGUUCCACGUGCAACGCUCAAUGACGAAGAACUGAAAAUGCACGUAUACAAAAAAGCUCUACAAGCUUUGAUCUACCCCAUAUCAUCGACAACACCACACAACUUUCUAUUAUGGACGGCGACAUCACCAACUUACUGCUACGAGUGCGAGGGUCUACUGUGGGGAAUAGCACGGCAAGGAGUACGUUGUACGGAGUGCGGCGUAAAGUGCCAUGAGAAGUGUAAGGACCUGUUGAAUGCUGAUUGCCUUCAGCGUGCCGCCGAAAAGAGCUCUAAGCACGGUGCGGAAGAUAAGGCAAAUUCCAUUAUUACAGCCAUGAAAGAACGAAUGAAGCAACGCGAGCGAGAGAAGCCAGAAAUUUUCGAGUUGAUUAGAGCCGUAUUCAGCGUUGAGGAGAAGAGCCACAACGGCCAUAUGAAAGCUGUUAAACAGAGCGUCCUGGAUGGCACGAGCAAAUGGUCGGCCAAAAUAGCAAUCACAGUGAUUUGUGCUCAAGGCCUGAUAGCGAAGGAUAAAAGCGGUACCAGUGAUCCAUAUGUGACGGUGCAGGUUAGCAAGGUGAAAAAAAGAACGCGAACAAUGCCGCAGGAACUAAACCCUGUGUGGAACGAGAAGUUUCACUUCGAGUGUCACAACUCUUCAGAUCGUAUAAAAGUUCGAGUUUGGGAUGAAGAUAACGAUCUUAAGUCGAAGCUUCGUCAAAAAUUAACUCGCGAAUCUGACGACUUUUUGGGCCAAACAAUUAUUGAGGUUCGUACGCUUUCCGGUGAAAUGGAUGUAUGGUAUAACUUAGAAAAGCGCACAGAUAAAUCUGCCGUAUCCGGCGCGAUACGGCUGCACAUAUCUGUUGAAAUAAAAGGAGAGGAGAAGGUAGCUCCCUACCACGUUCAGUAUACCUGCUUACACGAAAAUCUGUUCCAUUACCUUUGUGAGGAAAAUAGCGGAAUGGUUAAGUUGCCAACCCAGAAAGGUGAUGACGCUUGGAAAUUGUAUUUUGAUGAAAUUCCCGAGGAGAUUGUCGAUGAGUUCUCUAUGCGGUACGGAAUUGAGAACAUAUAUCAAGCUAUGACUCACUUCCACUGCCUCUCUGCAAAAUACCUUUGCCCUGGAGUGCCGGCUGUAAUGAGCACUUUGUUGGCGAAUAUAAAUGCAUAUUAUGCUCACACGACUGCGUCUUCAGCUGUGUCUGCCAGCGAUCGCUUUUCUGCCAGCAAUUUUGGGAAAGAAAAAUUUGUAAAGUUACUGGACCAAUUGCACAAUUCACUGCGAAUCGACUUGUCAAUGUAUCGAAACAACUUUCCUGCAUCAAGUCCAGAAAAGUUGAUGGAUCUAAAGUCGACGGUUGACUUACUGACCAGCAUAACAUUUUUCCGUAUGAAGGUACAAGAGCUAUCUAGUCCACCGAGGGCGAGUACAGUGGUCAAGGAUUGCGUUAAGGCAUGCCUGAGAUCCACUUAUCAGUUCUUGUUUGAGAACUGCUAUGAACUCUACAACAGAGAAUUUCAGGUUGACCCAAACGAAGCAAAACGUGCACCGGAUGACCAUGAACCAAAGUUGGAUAGCGUUGACUUCUGGCAUAAGUUAAUAGCACUUAUUGUAUCAGUUAUAGAUGAAGACAAGAACAGCUACGGCACCGUUUUGAACCAGUUUCCCCAAGAACUAAAUAUUGGCCAGCUAUCAGCAUCUUCAAUGUGGCAUCUUUUCGCUGUGGACAUGAAGUAUGCAUUGGAAGAGCACGAGCAGCAUCGCCUUUGCAAGUCGUCGGCUUAUAUGAAUCUUCACUUUCGCGUUAAAUGGCUCUAUAGUAACUAUGUCAAAGAGGUGCCUCCUUACAAAGGAGCAGUCCCCGAUUAUCCGGCUUGGUUUGAGCCUUUCGUAAUGCAGUGGUUGAACGAGAACGACGAUGUAUCAUUAGAAUAUCUUCACGGCGCAUUUAAACGAGACAAAAAGGACGGGUUUCAAAAGAGCAGUGAACACGCGCUCUUUUCAAAUUCGGUUGUCGACGUUUUUACACAAUUGACGCAAUGUUUCGAUGUUGUUAGCAAACUCGAGUGUCCUGAUCCAGAAAUUUGGAAACGUUACAUGAGGCGUUUUGCUAAAACAAUCGUAAAAGUUUUAAUAGCUUAUGCGGAUAUUGUGAAAAUGGAGUUUCCUGAACAUAUGAAGGAUGAAAGAAUUGCUUGUAUUCUUAUGAAUAACAUUCAACAACUAAGAGUGCAGUUGGAGAAAAUGUUUGAAUCUAUGGGAGGGGAUAAGCUGGAAGAGGACGCAGCCAACAUUUUAAAAGAACUUCAGCAGAAUUUAAACUCAGCGUUGGAUGAUUUGGCUUCACAAUUUGCCAUCAGCUUGGAGCCACGAAUAACUCAGUCAGUACGGGAACUGGGAGACAUGCUUCUUUCUAUAAAGGGAGGCAGUGGAACUCUAACGGCUGGCACCCUAACAGCUCAAAGGAAUGCUGUUGCCGUUGAGGCAGAUGAAGUUUUAAGGCCUCUCAUGGAUUUACUCGAUGGAUCCUUAACUCUUUAUGCCCAAUCAUGUGAAAAAACUGUACUCAAGAGAUUGCUUAAGGAGCUAUGGAAAAUCGUAAUGCGAAUAUUAGAAAAAACAAUUGUUCUUCCGCCAAUGACUGAUAAAACCAUGAUGUUUAAGCACCUUACUGACAAUGCAAAAAAUCUAGCAUCUAAUGCAAAAAUUGAAGAUAUGGGUCGAUUAUUUAAGUCCCAUAUGGCUGGAAAGCAGGAUGUUAAAAGUGCGCUUAGCGGUGUAAUGGACAUAUCAAAGGAAGUGGAAAAGAAUUUGUCACCCAAACAGUGUGCCGUGCUUGACGUUGCCUUAGAUACAAUAAAACAAUAUUUCCACGCCGGUGGUAAUGGACUGAAAAAAACGUUUCUUGAAAAAUCUUCCGAACUGCAAAGUCUACGUUACGCACUCAGUUUAUAUACGCAAAUGACUGAUACACUGAUCAAAACCUUUAUAUCCAGUCAAGUUCACGAGGUUGAUCCUGAGAACGCAGAGGAGAGUGUUGGCGAAAUUUCCGUACAAAUUGAUUUGUUCUCUCAUCCUGGCACCGGUGAACAUAAAGUAAACGUUAAAGUUGUUGCUGCUAAUGAUCUUAAAUGGCAAAUACCUUCGGGUAUGUUUCGACCAUUUGUUGACAUCAAUUUAAUCGGACCUCAUCUGCAAGAAAAGAAAAGAAAGUUUGCUACAAAGUCGAAAUCAAACAAUUGGUCGCCAAAAUACAACGAAUCAUUCAGUUUCACCAUUGGAAAUGAGGAGCAGCUAGACUUUUUCGAAUUGCACAUUUGCGUUAAGGACUAUUGUUUUGCCCGUGACGAUAGACUUGUAGGCGUUGCUGUUAUUCCACUGAAAGAUAUAUCGGAAAAGGGAUCCGUCGCAUGCUGGUUGCCCUUAAUGAGACGUAUUGAAAUGGACGAAACGGGUUGGACCAUUCUAAGAAUAUUGUCACAGCGUAACAAUGACGAGGUGGCAAAGGAAUUUGUAAAACUAAAAUCGGAAAUUAGGCAGGAGCCGACAAUGGGCACCUAAGCUUACCUGCCUGUACUCCCAACAUGAAAAAACGUCGCCCACAUGGAUAUAAUUAUAUUACUUUUAACAUAUAAAGACAUGUUUUUAGUUUUCCAAUCUUUUGUUAUUACUGUUCUUAGGUAACCUUUUAUAAAAAAGUCAUCAUAAAAGUACAUGCUAUCAAUAUAUAUCUUAACAACAUUCUCCAAUAUAAUGAAUCUAUAACGUUUACUGAAAUGACCACAUCAAACCUCCAAGUAAAUAUUGUCUUAUACACAUUAAAAUGCACACUCAGACAACUACAAAAACAAUAGAACAAUUUAUAACUUUUGGCAAACACGUAUAAGUUCAUAAAUCUGAUCCAUCCACAUACAUGCGUACAUUUGUACAUAAUGCAGAUAGAACUAUUAUAUAUUAAUUAUAUUUAUUUUAUAAAUGCAUUUUCAUAUGUACAUUUAAAAAUCACUAAACGCACAUUCCUAUUUAUGUAAAUAAGUACCUGUAUAAAUAAUAAUUGGUAAUUUUGAAAACGAUUUGUUAAGGAUACUUCACAUUCACAAUAAGUCCAUGUGAAGCCUUGUUUUUUUCUAUUGCAAUAAAAAAUAUAUAGUAUUAAAAAAUCUUUCUUAAUAUGGUAAAACUGAGAAUAAAAGAAUGCAGAUUUCGAGGGAUUAGUUA